GGAAGGUUCCGCCAUGGCCUCCCCCGAAGCUGAGCGCGGCGCGGCGCAGCGCGGCGCUCCCAGCCCUAGGGCCGCAUGGGCAACCGGCGCACAGUGCGCAGGCGUCACUGCUCCGGAGCAUGACGGGAGUUGUAGUCUUCCACCGCCGCUCUCUUCGCCUCCGGCUUCCAGACUUUUCUGUCCUGUUUUUCGGUCCAAGACAACCAAGUGAGUCCCGAGCCAGCACCCCAGCUUGACCCUUUGUCAAUUCUAAUCUCUCUUGAAGGCUUCCGGGAGAGUCCGGAUUACUGUCUCCCUGGGGACAAGGAGAAGCAUCCCAGAAAACAGGCUUCUGUUUGAGAGAAUCGUGGGCUCUGCCCACCUCCCAAGCCCGAGGGUGGAAGUACAGGCCAGGGGACUGAGGUCGCACUGGCUCCCGUCAUGUCUCCCUCCCACUCCCACCCGGCCGUGUCCCACAUGUCCCCAGACACAGAAUUGCAGCUACGGUGGAGAUUAAGUAGCAACAGUUCUUUCUUGACCUGUGAAGUAGUUACACGGGUGUUCUGUUUGCAAUAAUUCAACUGUACCCUUCUGUGUGCUUUUUUGUAUGUACAUUACAUUUCAGCAAAAAGAGUUUAUUGUAAAAGCUCUGAGUGCCAGAGGCAUGGCCAUGGUCAGAGGGAAGGCUACUGAGUUGGGGAAGAGGUAGAGACAGAGGAGGGCAGAAGCCUUUCCCUGCGUAUGGGAACGGCUCUCCCACACUGGGCACCUCGAGGGCAGGGCCCGUCUUCAUCUCUGCGGUCCCAGAGCCCAGCCCCAAGCCUGCCACAGUAGGCCCAGAGUCGGAUGAAUGAAGGAAACGAGGAAGAUGCAUUCACUUCCCCAUCCCCAUGUGUCACAGGACCGUGCAUGGUCAGAGAAAGGCAGGACGUUCCGAGAAUGGAUGACUCCGCCGUCACAUUCGGAUGGUUCUGUUCAGGGGACAAUCCUUCUUGCCCCUAGGCCUGAUUCUUGGCAGAGCAAGAGCCGGGAGGCUCAAUCUUAUCUCCGCUCUGUGCUGGUGACCGCUCCAGGGUCGGGCUCACGCACGUCCAGCCUCGUUUAGUCGGUCCAGUAGGGUCACAGCCCAGGGCCGCCUGCGCCCUCUGACGGAGGUGGAGAAAGGCCCGAGAAAGGGGCAGGAUCCAGGAUAAAAGCAGCAACGGGGGCGGCAGGGCGGCUGACAACCUGACCCGUGUAGGUAGGACGUGCAUAGCUGACCCCAAACCGCAGAUGCGAACCUCGCCGGAAGCGAAGGGAGCGCGGCUGAACAGAGCGGAGCCGCGCGGGGUAGCGCGGAGCGGAAGGGGACAUGCGCGGGCCCGCGUGAGGACCCUCCUCUUCGGGUGUCCGCGCCCCUGCCCGAGUGACGAGCGCUACACUCGGGGCCUCGCGCCCUUGGACAGCAGUUGCUCACUUGGAUGCAACGGGUCGGUAGCGGUCUCCCCAACGGGAGCCGGGUGGCAUCCCGGUGUCCCAGCGUGGCCCUCGCCGAACAGAACCAAGUGGCCACGCUGCCGGUGCGGCUGCUGGGGGACGAUGUGGCAGCUGUGCGGGACGAUGUCUGUGUGGAGGAUGGCUUCCAGAUGAAGGUGGAUGCCAGAGGCUUCACCCCCGAGGAGCUGGUGGUGCAAGUGGACGGCAGAUGCUUGAUGGUGACGGGCCAGCGGCAACUGGAGGGCUGCAGCCCAGAUGGCUAUAGCUACCGCAUGGCGCAGCAGGUGCACCGGCAAGUGCAGCUCCCACCGGACCUGGAUCCCACCGCCAUGACCUGCUGCCUGACCCCCUCUGGCCAGCUGCGCUUCCGAGGCCAGCGCCCAGUGCUGCCUUCCCCUGAAGCCCGAACAGGACCGUCCCCGAGGCUCAGGAGCCGCACCUCUAACAAGGAUUCCAACCUAGCCUGACCCAGUAAACAACCGUAGUGUGCAGCCUAGCCUUAGUGUCCGUAGUCUUUUCUCCGUGGUGGGGUCAGAGGUGGCGGUAUAACAAAGGUAGAGGGAGGCCAAAUGGAGGGCCCAGGGAGGCAGGAAAGGCAAGAGGUGGUGGUCCACCAAGAAUCAGGCCUCUCUGGCCCUAGGAGAAGCUGGGAGGGACAGUGUUGGCCUACUCAGCUCAGCUCACUGCCUGGACCAAAUAGCCCUUGGCAGCUGAGAGCAGCAGCUCCACCAGGGAGCAGCAGAGG